UCCCUGCGCUCCGCGGGGCGCUGCCGCCCUCAUGGCUCUGUGUCCGGGCGUGCUGACCGCCUGCAUCUUCGGCCUUCUCCUGCUGCCGGCAGCCGUUUUCAGUGAAGAUUGUCAUGCAUAUAUUAGUUAUUUAGGCGACGUACGAUCUGCACAAUCCUGUCCUCAUUUCUGCUGUGGAUCUUGUGUGAAUCGAUACUGCUGCUCUAAUAUAUUACUAAAAUUUGACGAACAAAAUUGCAAUCAGCGUAAUCAAAGGAUGCCUGACAUAGAAGACUCUCUGCAAGCUUUAAAGAAGUUAAGCGAGAAACUGAGGGUCUCUGACUCACAGAUUUUUGAGGAUCCUGAUGAUUUCUUAGAUGCUUCUGACCCCAGUUUUGGAACCCUUAUUGCCAUUGGAGUUACUGUUUUUGCAGUGAUUGUCAUUACUAUUAUUCUGUGCCUCACAUGUUCCUGUUGCUGUCUGUACAAAGCGUGUCGAAGACCACGGCCUGUGGUGACCACCACUGCCACCACGGCGGUGGUUCACUCUGCCUAUCCCCAACAACCAGCAGUGCCACCCAACUACCCUGCAGCUCCAUACCAAGGCUACCAGCCCGUGGCUAUCCAGCCCCAGCCGGGGAUGCCGGUGGCUCCGUACCCUGCACAGUACCCUCCUCCUUACCCCAUGCAGCCAGCAGGACCCCCAGCUUAUCAUGAAACCGUAGCAGCUGGUGUUGGAGCCCCUUACCCCACCCAGCCCCCUUACAACCCUGCUUAUGUGGAUCCUCAGAAGCCCACCUAUUGAAAAGCUCUUCUACUGUGCUUCUGCAUACAAAACUUUUCAGAAUAUAAUUUGUUCUGUUUACAACAUGCCACCUGUACUAUAUUUUUCUGGAAGACAACAAUCUUUUGUCUAAGUAGAGUGAAAAUCAGUUCAGUAUCUCCUUUAUUUUAAUGCUCCAAGGAAGGAGUAUUUUUCUUGCAGAAGUUAAUUUAUACCUCAAGCAAAUACAAAAAGAGAUUUUGUUCUAGAUACAAUGAGAAAAGUGAAGGAGCAUUUCAGAAAUACAGAACCACAAUACCAUUUGCUGUGCAAUAAUUUUGAGAGGAAUGGUCUAAAAUGAGCAUUGUCAAAUACCCAAAGCUGUAGCAAUCUUUUGCACAGUAUUAAAAUGUAAAAGCCUCUAAGAAACUACCUGAUGCAUGUUAUGUAAGUUCUAACUGUUUUGAAGCUACUAUUGUUAGGUAAGCUAUCAUUUAAUAUCAUUUGAUUUACCAUUCAAAAGGGAAUUUUCCUUUUUUGCAACACAUUUACCUUUGGUAAGGGGUAGUAAGCCAUGUUUGUCUUUGACCUAGUUCUAAAUAGCACAUUAUUUCCUUGUUUUCUGUUCCAGUUUUAAGGUGUUAUAACUCCAUUGGGUGUUAUCACUAGAAAUUAACAGACUCUCUGCCACUUAAUGGACCAAAUAGAUCAAAAGCUGAAAUCCUGAAAAUUCUUCAUAAAAAUUAUUGGGUGAGUUUUUCUUGUUUAGGUAGUAUUGGACAAGCUUACAGCCAUCUGUUGUUAAUGAGUUUGGAAUUAAAAUCAGCCCCUUAAUUGCUCUUUAAGCAGAGGUACCUUGGCAUUCAGUCCUGCCUCAUCACAGAGAAGGAAUUUAUUUUACAGGAGAGAUGGGAUGUCAGCAGAAGAUUGGGGUUUUCAAAUGCUCAGGGUUUUUCCACUGUCUCUUGUGGGAACUGUAGGUGGUGGGAGCCCAAGAAUUACAGACCUUUAUAAAUCCAGUCUGCUUUGGAGUAACAAUAUGCUAGGUGAGGGGCUAGGUGAGGGCUUUAAACCUCCCUUUUGUCUUCAACAUUCCCAUAAAGCUGAGCAGAGAAUGAGAAGUCAGGAAAAGGAAGGAUUUGGUCACAGCCAGGUAAUGUAUUUUUAAGAAGGUAAUGCUUUCAAUCAUGAAACAUCUUGAGACAUCUUCAGGACUGUUAACACUGCUGGGGCUUUAGGCUUUAUGAAUCUUUUAUUGCUCAAACAAGGUGGGUUUUUUUUCACUGUCCUCAACAAUUCUGUCUUUUCCAACACUGAAAUGCGAUUUGUUGGUCAUCCUCAUAGAACUAUGUAGUUAUUUGCAUGUAUCACUGUGACAUAAUCAGUGAAAUAAUUUUAACGUAUCUUUUACACUGAUUUUACUUUUAUAGAGAGGCCAUUGAGCCAUUUGUCCUGUGAUUCUACAUUUGGGGUGUAUUAUUGUUUGGUGGCAUUCUUUUACCUCACAGAGUGGAUGGAAAUUGCUGCUGUCAAAGGCAGCCUUGUUCCUCUUUCUGAUUUUUUGAGUCUAUUUCUGGAUUAUUCCAGUUCUUUUUUUAAGAAAGUUUUCAGGGCAUUUCAGAAGAAAUUUGUUGAAAGUUUUUAUGUUGGAGUUCAUGACAACCUGUGCCCCUCUGUUAGACCUCUCUGAGUGUUGAAGUUAAUAGCAUGUAAUGAUGCCAAGAGGCACUCACAGAACACGUAUCCUGUGUGUGUUCCUUCCUGCCUUCUCAGCUGAGAAACUGGGCAAAACUUCAUUACACUGUCACUUGUUAUAUGGGAACAACCAAAAAAGGAUGGUGUCUCCUGUAUGGAGGAGGAAGUGUUGCCUUAGAAACCUGGAAUGUUUCUGUGGGAGGGCACUGAGUAAUUGCAGAAAUAAAUCCCUUGCUACAGAUUCUACCCUUGGUGUUUAUUCAUGGAGAAGGAGGGCAGAGAUUGUUCCAGCACCUUUGUAAGCCUGGGUGGAGUCGGGCCAGGGAGAGCACAGGUACAGCAUCCAGCGUGGGGCUUCCUGAGGUUGUUCCUGUCCCCAACCUGGUGUGACAAAAGGAGCAACUCAUGGCAGUCACAGUGUCUUGUUUGGGUUGUGAGAGGGAAAUCUGCAAUUUCAUGGCAGGAUGGCUCAAUCAUCAUGCCUGAGGAGAUGGGAGGAAAGUAAGGUGGCAGCAAUAACAGACAUUCCCAAAUAGGAGGUUUUGGGGUGGAAGUUGUACAGACCAAACAGAUGGUCCUGAAUAGUCACUGGUUUGUGUGUGGUGGUGGGAGAUGAGGGCUAGGGGUAGGGUUGAGGAUCCUGGAAAUGGACACCUUUCCUUUCGUGGACAUGUGCAAAGAUCAAUCAUUAAUAUACAAGGAACUGCCUUAGCAGUACUAUUACUAAUUCAGUUACGAAACUUACUGAAAGAAGAGAAAAUGGUUCAGUUCACAAUUAAUCAGAUUGUGAUUAAUUUCUUACUGUUAGUGCAUUAAUAAUUAACUGUGAGGUGUAGGACCAAAUUUUAUUUGGUUCUUGCCCUGCAGCCUUGUUAAAGCUUAUUUUCAAAUACUGAAGAGAAUGGGAUGGUUACAAAAAAGAUGGAGAUGAUCUGUAAGUUUUCAGUUAAAGCACUGCUGAUGUGUCAGUCCCAGCAUCUGUUGCCUUCACGUCACACUUGUUCUCCACAGUGCUGUAGGGAGGGGGGAGGAAGCUAAGACUUUAAAUGUUGAUAUAUCUUAUUUUUUUUAACUUCUGUAAGUGCCUUUGUAUCAGAAGUGUUUUGUGAAAAUAAAGACAGUAGAAUAUUGAAUUUACUGGAUAAUCAUUGUUGCUUUUGUUACAUACAUGGUUACAUGUAACCUUGCUUUGUAUGUUGUUUGUAGGUUAAACAUAAGUAUUCAAACCAAAUAGCAUAAACUCUAUGCACCUUUGUAAUAAAUGCAGUGUUUGAAGUACA